CCUACUGACCACUCUCUCCCAGGCUGUCAACUGCACAACAGCUCCUUACAACAAAACCCAGGGGUCUGACAUGCAGGAUAUGCACAAUGACACUAGUACCAUGGAGUUUCUGCUGGUCUCUCUGUCUUCUGGUUCUCCUUCUGGCUCUAAGGAUACACACCGCACAUUCGGCUCCUGAUUUCUCUCUUUAUCUUCAAACCAUCCUGAAGAACCACACAGCUCAUGCGUGUGAAGGAGACAUGCUCAUUAUUGAGUGUCCCUCCAGGACGUCUGUGGCGGUCCUAUCAGCUUUCUAUGGACGACGUGUUCCUAAUCAGCACCUAUGCCCCUCUGCAAACACAAACACAACUGUGGAGGAGGACACAACGUGCAGUUCGCCAGUUGCUAUCGAGAAAGUGCUGUCAGAGUGUCAGGACCGGCGAACAUGUCACAUCCCUGUCUUCAGUCCAGUGUUUGGACAGGACCCGUGUCCACUCACCAGCAAGUACCUGCUAGUCUCCUACAAGUGCAGACCAGAGCACCACCGCACAAGGCUGGUGUGUGAAAAUGAACGUCUGAGGCUGAUAUGUAAAAAUGAGACUGUCCUCGCCAUCUACUCGGCCACGUUUGGACACCUCCUGCACGGCAGUCCCCACUGUCCUCAAGAGCCCGGAUCUCAAACUGACAUGGAGUGUCUGUCACCUUCAGCUCUGAGGAAGGUGUCACGCAGGUGUCACAGCAGAGCGAACUGCUCAGUCCUGGCUGAUACUCAAACCUUUGGGGACCCCUGUUUCCCCGGCACCAGGAAACACCUGCGAGUGUCCUUCACUUGUGUUCCCCGCUAUCUUCUGGAAGAUGUGGGUCGGGGGUCAACAGAUCCCUUCAUGAUUUCGGACUACACACACGGUGGAUGGUACACUGGCCCCACCUACAGGCCUCAAAAUGUGCUCUUAACCAACUCUCUGGAGAUCCUUGAAAAAAUAUUGGGUCUACCAGAGAAAGUGGCUCUGUACUUUGUCUCUGGUAUCUGCGCUGGUCUGGUUUUCCUGCUCUGCCUGUUUGGUCUUCGCUCCACAAUAGUGCGAGAUGUCAAGGAUCUGGUUUCUGACUUGAAAGACGAACUGAAGGCGUCUAGCAGACAGCGCAAGGAGCUCAUGGAGGGCCUCUAUGAUGAUGAGAUCUCAGACACGUCGUCCUUCUGUCGACUCACACAGUCCUACCGCACGGCAGACAUCUUCAGUCCGUCCACGCUGACAGUGGAGAUGGUUGAUCGUGGACUGGAACAGAUGAGGGAUCUGCCCAAUGGAGACAUUUGGCCACAUCGGGACUCCAGCCCUUACGCCAUUCACAUGAUUAAAACCUACAACAACUGACAGAAGUCAUGUAUGAGUGAAGCUACUUUACAGCACCUUCUGCUAUAAAACUUAAGUUGCAGACUGAUACAAUACACAGACGUUUGUUUUACUUUUGAAUGGAGUUAACUGUGCCUCUUUAUCAGUGAUCUAUGUCAUAAAACAUUAUGAGUCAAAUACAUGAAGCCCUAAUGUACUAGGUGGUUAAUCAUUAUUUGGAUUAACAUUGGAUGAUUUGUUCUUUAACAUCACAUGCAAAAUGUAGAGUCCAGUGCAAACCAGUAUGUGUUAACACUGAGAAUAUAUUCUGUAGUCACAUCUCUAACAAUGUCAACAAAAACUGAACAUUAUUCAAAGAAGAGAGGGAGACCAGGAAAGAACUUGAUGGAAAUGCACAAAGUUGACAUGCUAUGUCACCUUUAUUAAAAAUAAUCAUUGUUGUGGCUGGACUGUUGUAUUGGAUGGAAUUAAAUUGUACAUUUGUAUCUAAUAAAGUGUCAGCUGAGUGUUAAUUGUAGUGUAUUGCACUGUAAGUCACACUAACCAAUAAAGAUUGUAUCAGUGGGGUGAAACUUG